GGAGAUGCAGCAUCCGCGGUGACACUGCAGCCUCAGCACCGCAGAUCUCCCGCUGACACUACCCUAUUUCUCCAUCAAGUGGGAUUUGAUUUCAUCGCUCGGUGCAUGUGUAGAAACGCGUUACUGCACGCUGUCUGCUGUCGUGCGUGUGUGGACGUGGUGACGAUGCGUCCACGCCGCGGCGAUCCACGCAGAGGCGGGGAGAGGAGGGGGGUUGAGCCCUGCUGCUGCUGAUGCUGAUGAAGCGACCAAGUCGACGAGAACCGCGAUCCGAGACGCACGAUCCAGCACACCGCUUUUAGCCGAAGAUGGUAGCGGUGCACGCCUCUGCGCACUCCGUGGCCUCUGCCGAGUGGAUCAUCUGCCUGGAUAAGAGGCCAGCUGAACGCUCGGGAGAAGACGUGGACAUCAUUCUGGCUCGGCUGAAGGGUGUGAAGGCCUUCGAGAAGUUUCAUCCUAACCUGCUGCAGCAGAUCUGCAUGUGUGGCUUUUAUGAGUACCUAGAGAAAGGCAUCACCUUGUAUCGACAGGGUGACAUCGGCACCAGCUGGUACGCCGUUCUGUCUGGAUCUCUGGACGUCAAAGUGUCUGAAACAGCCAACCAUCAGGAUGCUGUAACAAUCUGUACUUUGGGAGUGGGAACAGCAUUCGGGGAGUCAAUUCUGGACAACACUCCUCGACAUGCCACGAUUGUCAGCCGAGAGAACAGUGAACUUCUGCGCAUCGAGCAGAGGGAGUUCAAAACCCUGUGGGAGAAAUACAGGCAGUGCAUGGCAGGGCUUCUUGCUCCGCCGUAUGGAGUGAUGGACAGUGGAGCGACUAAUGAUAGAAUGCCGGACAAAGACAAUCUCAGCAACGAUCCUCUCAAUUUUAUGUCAAAAAACCUGAAUAAGGUGCCGUCAGAAAAGAUUUUGAGGGCAGAAAAAGUGUUACGUAAUGCAAUACUGGCCAGAGCUCCCCACAUGAUCAGAGACAGAAAAUAUCAUCUGAAAACAUACAGGCAGUGUUGUGUGGGCACUGAGCUGGUGGACUGGUUGCUUCAGCAGAGCUCAUGUGUUCACAGUCGGGCUCAUGCUGUGGGAAUGUGGCAGGUGCUGCUGGAGGAAGGAGUUCUGAAUCACGUCGACCAUGAACUCAACUUUCAAGAUAAGUACCUCUUUUACCGUUUCCUCGACGAUGAGGAGGAGGAUGCGGUGUUGCCUAGCGACGAUGAGAAACGCGAAGCUGAGGAAGAGCUGCAGGAGACACUCCUCUUCCUCUCUCAGAUUGGCCCUGACGCGCACAUGCGCAUGAUCCUCAGGAAACCGCCUGGUCAAAGAACAGCUGAAGACCUGGAGAUUAUUUAUGAUGAGCUGCUGCAUAUCAAAGCUGUCUCUCACCUGUCCAACACUGUGAAGAGAGAGCUCGCCGGUGUCCUCAUCUUUGAGUCACACGCCAAAGCAGGCACUGUCUUGUUUAAUCAAGGGGAGGAAGGCACUUCUUGGUAUAUUAUCCAGAAAGGAUCAGUAAAUGUUGUCAUCUAUGGCAAGCCAAUGACUUUAGUAUUAAGAGCUACCAUGUGUGUGCGUAUGCAUAUGUGUGUGCGUAUGUAAAAUGCAGUCUACUGUACACCCUUUGAUUCAGUCAUGUGAGGUCAUAGUUACAGAAAUUCUCAUUAUUCCCUUAUACUGUACUGUAGCCAUUGCCUGUGCUUGUUCCUACAUUUCUAUCAUCCCAACGCAAAACAAUCCUAAAAAUAAGAGUUUAGUACAAGCUACAUAUCAUGCAAACAAAUAGUGACUCCGGCCACAGAAAAUCAAUCAUCGAUUCUCUCCAUAAAACCUUCCAGGCCUCAAUGAUUUGUGUUACAAGUUUCAAGUCAUUCAGUAUAAGUAUUAGUAUUCUGUCUCAAGGACUAUUUUUGUUACCACUGGCUCAAUUAUGUGCUAGUAACUUACCUCUCGCCAUAGCCUGUAGCAUUAUUGAUGCCAUUUUGUACAUUGAGUUAUAUUUGCAUAUUUUUGGGUUGGACCCAUGUUUUUUUGCUAAGUUAUCAUAAUCGGUCUGAGAAGGCCUUUGUUUGUUCUCAUUGUGCCGUUUGGAAAGUGAGACGCUGUGUGUGUGUGCGUGUGUAUAAGGCACUUAUUUUCUUUUAGGAAAAUGUCUACGCCUGCCUUGUAAAUAAAUGUACCGUUGAACACUU